CCGCGUCUCAUGUUGACUUUCAAAUUCCUUGCACCGGUAUAAUUCCACACGCCUUUUCUUCCUUCUCUAUCCAUUACUUUCUCUAUAUAUAUACUCCUCCUAACCUUCUCUACUCAUCAAAAUAAAACUUUAAAUCUAUUAAAAAAUAAUCGAAGAGAAAAUGGUUGAUACAGAUUGUAAGAGGAAGAUUGUAUCACCGGACUUACCUACAAACUCACCUAAGCUCUCCUCCAAGCUCCACGUCACCAUCCCCUCGCCGUUGAUCAAGCUCCCUGUCUCCUCUCCCAUCUCCUGCUCAGCUCCAUCAUCUUGCUCCGCUUACGAGCUCUACCUCCGUCUCCCUGAGCUCAAAACCCUCUGGUCAUCACGUGACUUCCCUCACUGGACAAACGAGCCUAUCCUCAAACCAGCUCUCCAAGCUCUAGAGAUCACUUUCAGAUUGGUCUUAACCGUUUGUUCCGACACAAGACCGUACAUCAACCACCGCGAAUGGAACCGAAGGUUGGAUUCUCUCGUCACAAAUCAAAUCAAACUCAUAUCAUCCAUCUCGGAGGAGGAAGAAGGUGUAUCAGCUCCUGUCGGCGAUGGACGAAGCUCUCUCAGUUUACUACCACAGCUAGCCACGUGGCACAAGUCUGAAUCCUUAGGGAGGAAGAUUUUGUCUACUAUAGAUAACGAGAUGCUUUUGUGUAAGUACACGCUCGGUCUCGGAGAACAGAACAUAGCCAACAAACCUAAUCUCCAAUACGACGCCGUUUGUAAACCGAACGAGUUAUACAGCCUCAAGGACAACCCUUACGCGGAUCAUAUCAAUAACAACGAGAACGAGACUCUCUAUAUCCUUCACCAGAUCAUAGAGUCGUGGCUCCACGUUUCUGUAAACCUCUUGAGACGUAUCAACACGAGUGUAGACGAAGGAAAGUUCGGAGAAGCUUCCAGAGAUGUUUACUUGGUGGAGAGAAUAUGGAAGCUUCUCACCGAAGUUGAAGAUCUCCACCUCCUGAUGGAUCCUGAAGACUUUCUCAAGUUAAAGAAGCAGUUACAUAUCAAGACGACCGGUAAAAACGACGCGUUUUGUUUCAGGUCGAGAGGACUAGUGGAUAUGAUGAAGAUGUCUAAAGGUUUAAGGGAGAAGGUGCCAGCAGUGUUGGACGUUGAGGUGGAUCCCACGGGAGGACCGAGGUUGCAAGAGGCAGCGAUGAGGCUUUACGCAAGAAAGAGAGAUCAGUGUGAUAAGAUUCAUUUGCUUCAAGGGAUGCAAGCUGUGGAGGCUGCGGCGAAGAGGUUCUUCUUUGCGUAUAAGCAGGUGGUUGCGGUGAUGAUGGGAAGCGCGGAGAUGAAUACGGAGUGUGACUCGGUGAGUCAGAUAUUCAUGGAGCCGACUUACUUUCCGAGUCUUGACGCGGCUAAGACGUUCUUGGGAGAGUUUUGGAGCCACGUUGGGUGAAAAAAGGAGGGAUAAAACAAUUCUUUAAUAUGGAUGAUGUUUAUUUUUAUAUAAAUUGGUGAUUAGAUGUAACUUUACUGAAAUUUUGGAAUAUUUGAAUACAAAUUCAUUUUAUAAGGAUGUAUGAUCGCAGUUUAUAUUUGUGAGAGGCGUACAAAGACUUAUGCCCAAAGCAGAUAAGAUUUU